AUGCUUCCUCCAAUCGACGAUGUAGUGCUGCAAAGCAAUCCAAGAUUUGCAACACUCCAUGCCACCCUCAAGAACAAUAUUCUCAAUCCCAAUGGUUCUACGAAAAGCCACCCCGCACAAAAGGAGCGGGAUGCGGUGACAGAAGCUUUUACAACCGCCCAGAUCCGCGAAGCAAAAUCACAACUCAUCAAAACUUCCUUGAACACACUGGACAUCACCCCUCCGUCCUCAGCCAACACAUCAAAGUCCAAGUCCGCUGCCCCACCAAAACCACCACUUCCCACCGAGCUUGUCGAACUCAUCCUCCUCCUUUCUGCACGCCUCACCUCCACGCCUUUAACACCAAAACAAAUCGCCAUACUAGAAAACACACCCCAAUGGACCUCUCUACCAACCCACCUCCCCCGCAUCGCGACCUUAAUCUCAACACAUCUCCAAACCCAAGCCCUCUCCCUCGCACGAAUCCAAAGCCCCACCACCAACGCCUCAUUCCUGCACCGCCAAAUCCCCCAAAUCCUCCCUAGUAUCCUCUCCCUCCAAUCCUCACUCGAAACCCAGCGAACCUCCAUAGCGAAACGCCGCCUCGAACUAGUAUCCAACACAACGACACUCCUCUCACUCCACCACCUCUCGCACAACCUCCUAAUCCUGCACCUCGAGCAAACGAAACACGGACUGCUGUCCCGACAUCUGCAGGCUCGGUCGUCGUAUCUUUCGUUGCUGGCGCAGCAGGUUGCAUUGCAGGUCAGGGAGAAGGCGGUGAAGGGGGAGCGGGUGGUGUAUAGUGAGGAGGUGAGGGGCGCGUUGGAGGUUUAUGUGAGGCAUUUGAGGGAUGCGAGGGAGAGGUUGAGGGAGAAGAGGGGGGACGCUGAGAGGGUGCUUUGGGGGUAUGGGGUUGGGAGGGGGGAGGAGGGGAAGGAGAAGGAGAGGGUGAUGAGGAGUGUUACGGAUAAAUAUGCGGAGUUGAGUAGGGAGUUGAAGGAUGUAGGGAGGGAUGUUGAAAGGUUAAGGGGCCGGUAG